GUGUGUCCAGCCUGCUAUCAGAUGGAUGAAGAAGAGAACCACUAUGUGUUGCUACUCAAGGAGAUCUACAGCAGCUGUGAUACCACGGGAACUGGCUUUUUGGAUCAAGAGGAGCUGACUCAACUAUGUCAUAAGCUUCAUCUAGAAAAGCAGCUGCCCAUGAUUCUGCAAACACUUCUUGGAAAUGAUCACUUUGCCAGGGUGAACUUUGAAGAAUUUAAAGAAGGUUUUGUGGCAGUGCUAUCAUCAAAUCCUAUUGUUGCCCCCUCUGAUGAAGAAAGUAGUUCUUUGGAACCAGCUAUCUCACAGGCUGUCCUACCAAAGUAUGUAAACGGCUCCAAGUGGUAUGGUCGUCGUACCCAGCCUGAGCUGUACACGUUGGAGACUGAGGCCAGCCACUCAGCAGACUGGCAAAUACAGGCUGACUUGAGUGACCAGCUCCACUGUGCCACAUUUCUGCAAAAUGUACAGAGUUUGAAGUCAGAUGAAGUAGCUGAUGAUGCCAAAGAGACUCAGAAUGAGUUGCUUGAAGCACAAGGCCCGCUACAAGCCUGGGGUCCCCAAGUUUUGGCGUGUCCUCUGGAGCUCAGCAGUCCUUCUGUUGGCACACCUGAGACUCAAGCCCAGGUCAUCUGGGAAGAGCUUGGUGUCGGCAGCAGUGGUUAUCUUAAUGAAAAAGAGCUGGCUCUGGUCUGCCAGAGCAUUGGGCUACAAGGGCUUGAGAAAGAGGAACUGGAGGACCUGUUUAUCAAACUGGAUCAAGAUGGAGAUGGCAGGGUGAGUCUUGAGGAAUUCCAGCUUGGCCUGUUCAGUCAUGGAUCUACUUCACUUCUGGAAUCUUCCACUCCGAUCCAACCAAGCAGGCCCUGGUAUCAUUACCAGGCCACAGAGGAAAGCAGCUGCCGGACCACCACAACCUCAUCCCUUGUGUCUAUCUGCUCGGGCCUGCAUCUCUUCUCCAGCAUCAAUGACGGUAGUGGAUUUGCAUCUCCUGAGCAGGUCGUCGCUGUGUGGGCCCAGGAAGGGAUUCAGAAUGGCAAGGAGAUCUUGCAGAGCCUUGACUUUCGUGUGGAUGAAAAAGUGGACCUUCUGGAGCUGUCCUGGGCUUUCGACAACGAACUCAUGAUGGUCACUGGUGUCAUUCAGCAAGCAGCCCUGGCCUCGUAUCAUCAGGAGCUGACCUACCUCCAAGGGCAAAUGAAGCAAAUGGUGAAGGAGCGAGACAAGGCAAGGGAGGACCUGGAGAAGGCUGAGAAGAGGAACUUGGAGUUUGUGACGGAGAUGGAUGACUGUCACUCUGCCAUGGAACAGCUCGCUGAGCGCAAGAUCAAACACCUGGAGCAGGGAUACCAUGGACAGUUGGCCCUGCUUCGCUCAGAGAUGGAGAUGGAGCGAGAGCUGCUCUGGCAGCAGGCCAGCAUUCAGAGGGCUAGGCUGGAGGACGACCUCACAGCCCUGGGCAAGGAGGAGGCCUGCCUGCGGGAGAAGCUGUCACUAGCCAUAAAGGAAAACAGUCAGUUACAGAAGGAGAUCUUUGAAGUUGUGGAAAAACACUCCAAAACAGAGAAGCUGGUCCUGAAACUGCAGAAUGAACUUGAAUUUGUGCUGAAGGACAAGCUGGAUCCACAUGGCAUGGAGCUCCUCUCUCAGGAAGAACGGUUUGCAGAAAUUCUGAAGGAGUAUGAAUUCAAGUGCAGGGAAGAUUCACCUUUUAAAAACCUGGAGACUGAAUGUGUUUGUUACAGUGUUUCCUUGGCCUGUAUGCAGACUGUGCUCAAUGCAGCCACAAUUCGAGUGCAGACUCCACAAGGCCUCCUAGCAUUGCCUGUCCACCUUGCAGCCACUACUGACUUGCAGGACCACAACGAUGAACUGCAGGCUGCAUUGGAGGACCUACAGACUUGGCUGCACAAGACCCAGCGUAGCCAGUCUAGUGCCCGGUCAGAUGGAGGCCUUUCCCCAGCAGAUGGCCCAGAAGGCUUCAUUUCAUGUGUGGGUGGCCCUACUCCAGUGAGCCUUGAAACGGAGAUAAUGAUGGAGCAAGUGAAGGAACAUUACCAAGACCUCAGGAUCCAGCUGGAGACCAAGGUAGAUUACUACAAGCAAGAAAUCAAGCUACUAAAAAAUAACUUUGAGAAGGAGCGAAGAGAAACAGAGCAGGUAUUCAAGCGUGAGGUCAGCAUGCUGGAGAGACAGAAAGCGGACCUGAAAGCGCUCCACACACAGUCUCAGGAUGUCAUCUGCAGCCUGCAGAGAGAGCUGAGGGAUAGAGGGUCUUUCUUCACCAAGGACCUUGUUGGCCUGGCUCAGCGUCAGGAAGAGGACCUAUGCCUGAGACACCAACAUGAACUACAGCAAGUAAGAAUUGAGUUACAGAGGCUUUCUGAAGAAAACAUGGUGCUGACAAAUGAGCUGCAAAGGGUUCAGCAACAGCUUGAAGCUACAGAAAGGACAAAUGAUGUACAAAGGAAGGAAAUUGAUAUUUUAAGGAAAGAGAAAAACAAGGCCUGCUUUGAAAUGAAAAUGUUCAACAAACAGGUCCAGUAUUGCUACCUGCAGGAAGUAUUUGAGGAUCAGCUUAAGGCUAUAGAAGAUCAGGUGGAAGAGGUGGAAAUGAUCUUGGCGAAUAUGAAAAUGCUCCUACAAGAAAAAGUCGAUGAGUUGAAGGACCAGUGUGAAAAAAAUACAAAGUCCAGUUUGCUGCUCAAGGAGCUUUAUGUGGAGAAUGCACACCUGAUGAGAGACCUGCAGGUCACUGAAGAGAAGCAAAGAGAGACUGAGAAAAACAAUCUCAUCUUGGAAGAAAAAAACAGAGCUCUCAACAAAUUAAUCAUUAAGAUUGCUCCAGCAUCUCUGUCUGUUUGA